UGUGUGUGUGUGUCUACAGUGUGUAUACAAGUCCUGUCCCAUUGAUGUUUACUAUCCUCUCUGCUGUAGAAAGCAACGGGGGAGUUCAGCAGAGUGGGCCGUGUUUCACGUGAUGUGUCGGAUACUGGAGGCUACAAAGACUCUGUGUCUCCCCCUCCCUCCUGGGUAUCACACUCUACUGUCCGUGUUGGGCGUUCGCUGUCUCCCCAGACACACCUUCCUGCAGUACGUUGACCAUGGUGUGCUGCAGCUCACCGAGCCCUUCGUCUCACGACUCAUGACAGAUCUAGACAACAGUGAUGCCAACGAGGAGCUGAAGUUCAGCAUUCUGAAGAGACUACCAGAGUCCAUGGAGCAGAGGAUCUGUCACCUGUGGGAUCACCCCAUCAGUUCAGCCUGUAUCUCCAGAGACUAUGUCAGAGGCCUGCUGGAGAAACACGCCAAAACCAAAGGUUCUAUGUUCAUGGAGAGAGACGAGCCUGGCUUCAGGCCUGAGUUCCUGCCUCUCACCUUCCUGACCAAAAUUCUGUUGGAUGUGGAAGACCGAGCUCUGAACCCUUUUGAGGAGCAGGAGAAUGUGGAUGCCAGGUUUGUGGAGGAGACGGCUCUGAAACAGACUCUGAUCCUGAUGGGCUUCCAGGACAAGUGAUGGAGGAAGAGACCGAGGUGAAGGGAGGUGAAGAAAGAGGGGGAGCAGGUCAAGGCUCCCAAGUUUUCACUCAACACUCCAUAUUCCACUAGUACUCAGAGAGCGGGGACUGUGUGUCAGUGAGCGGGGACUGUGUCAGUGAGCGGGGACUGUGUCAGAGAGCGGGGACUGUGUCAGUGAGCGGGGACUGUGUCAGAGUUCGGGGACUGUGUCAGAGUUCGGGGACUGUUUGAAAUUACACUUUAAAUGUUGAUCACUCAAUAUUCCAAUACAUGAGAAUCUAUGAAAAUACAUCAGAUUCUGAUGAACAAUGGGUCUGGUGACAAUAGUCAUCGGUUAAGCAUUCAUUUGACAGAUUUAUAUUUCUGCCCUCUCUGCCUGUUGCUCAACCCUCCCGCACAGACCAGAUGGAUGAGGCUCUUACAGUAAGAAGGGAAGUUCUCUGGAAGGUGUCUGAAUUACUACAACAUGUGUCCUGUAUGAUGCCUGUAUAUUUCCAUUUCAGAGGAACUGAUGCAUGGUUAGAUUUCAGGAAUAACACAGUUGUGUGGAAUCCAGGAAAUGUGUUGAUCAGGUACAAUAAUAAACAGGAAAAGGGAUUUUUGUUUUCAUGUUUACACGUGUAAAGCCAUAUUGUAUCAAUGAAACUCUAAAUAAAAUAUUUGUUGCAUGUUUCUAA